AUGGCGGACUUUGAACGCCUCAUACCGGCCGACCGGCGCGAAACCGGAACGGUUGCGGCGGACCGCGUGUCCAGGGUGUCAUCGUUUUCGCGCGUGUCGCUGGCCCGGUUCAGCCAACGGUUGCGGCGCCGCGGGUGGACGGUGGGCGCCGACCAGGACAAGGAGAACGUCACCGCCGUCUACCGGCCGGCACUGCCACCGCCCGUGCCUAUCGUAAAGCGCGUAAAGUUCGACGAACGCGUUUACCACGGUCCGGUUUGCGGCCACGGUUGCGCCGCGACGGCGUUCGGCCGCAGAGGUGGCAUACUCAAGGACGCGCCGGCCGGUCCGGUGGCCGCUCGAUGCCUGUCUUCGUCCAUCGGUUACUCGAACGUCAGCUACGCGGACGGCGACGACGCGGUACCGAACCGGAUGCGCAUGUACGACGUGCCCGUCACCAGCUUCUACAUCGACGCCGGCGAUGACCGUUUGCCGGUGCCGCUGCCGCCGUCGACGUUCUCGGCGAAACGGUCGUCGUCUGCGGUCGUCGGUGCGCUGCGCGAUGCCAAAAAGACCAGACGGUUCGGCACCGACAUAGGAACGUCAAUAUCGUCACUGAGAAACAAUGGCUCCAGUUCGGAGACACAGACAAAACAACGUCAACAUCACCACCCAAAGGCACGAGAGUCUCAAGUACACAAUAUCAACAUUCAUUUGCACGGUCUGUUCGCUGCUGUGGAACACGGCCAACUGGAAAAGGCGAAGAACAUAUUGACGACAUGUGAGGUUCAAGUGAACAGUGUAAACAGCGAUGGGUUGACACCUCUAGACGUUGCUUUUCUGAGCAACAACCGAGAUCUGGUUCGACUUCUAUUGGCCCACGGAGCAACGGAAGAGACUAGUAUGAAAAACUUAGAAACGCACUUGUCGAAUUUACUCGAAGAAGCCGAAGAUCGGGUCAUAGGACUUAGACGUCGCGGUAACCAAGAUGAUUCUCAGACCAAAUCGCUGGCACUAUGGGAGAGACGGAAAAGAGGCUUGAAAAAAAUGCGUAUUGGUUUCGAACAUGCCAAGCCACCAGAUAAGCCAGAGAAAAUUAUCCUGGAGGUAACGGGAAACGAUAACGUCAGGGUAUCUUGUAUAGAAGCUGAUUACCCAGAAAGCGCUAUAUGUACUAAAUUCAACGUUGAAUGGAGUACAUCGGAAUCCUUUAAAAACGUAACAGGGUCUAAAUGUUUACCUGCAACCGAUGGAGAAAUUACCAUAAAUAAUUUGGAACAUGGAAAGACCUACUAUUUCCGAUGCAGUGCAGGAAACCUGAAAGAUUUCAGUGACUAUCAAUACCCAACUCCGGUUUCUGUCACUAUUUCAAGUUGGUGGGACGUCUGUCAAGAAUCACGUCGAUGUUCCGCAGCAAUGAAAGUCAAGAUGGACGACAUACUUGACAAAAUGAUCUCCAUUCGUCCAGACCUACACAGGUCGUCAUUCGAAGUCAGUGGAAAUGACUGUACAUCGAAUACGAAAAGAAGAAAGCCGCCGACGUUCAAGCAGUUAUUUAGCGGCAAUACUAAACUUCAUAAGAAUCUCCGGAGAGGCGUAUACCUUUCUUGUCUGCUGUACCACGAAGACAAAGUUCUGGUGACCAACGAGGACUACUUACCCGUGGUAGAGAUUGACGACACGUACCCAAAAGAAAUGCUCAAUGAUUUCCAUUGGUUCUACAAAAUAGCUUUCGCGUGGAAGGAUCUCAAAUGGUUUAAGGAUGACUUGGAGAAAUCGACUAAUAGUUCGAUUAGCUUCAGGACGAAACUCAUCCAGGCUGUCACCCAGAUGCAAGACAUUUUCAAUACGCAAGACCUAGGUAAAGUGUACUAUAAACCGAUCCGUGACUCGGACGGUACAACUGUGAUAUGUACGGUAAACAACGUGUGUCAGCCAAAAAACAUCGUAAACCUGAAAUGGACGCCGAUGGCUAAGAUUUUGAAAAAGUCGUCUCGUUCUGAUAAUCUUACCGAUCUGUUGAUAUCAUCUAUUCAAGACCAAAUAAUGUUUUACCAAACAAGCAACGCCAAACUGCAGAAAGGCUUAUACGUCGGAUACUUACUAAUGAGAAGCUCAGUAGACAUGUUACACGUUAUGGUACCUUUGCAAAAUCCUAAUAUGCCUGUUUGUUGCAAGAUACGUGAUAACCCGCACGUCACCGCGGAAGAAUGGCUGUGGCUUCAGCAGGGUGCCGGGGCGCCAUGCGAUUACACGUGCCUUGGGUUCGCUUCACAGUUCAAGAUGGCUACCAACCGGCUGUUCUCUCUGGUCCAAAUACCGAAAGACAAACGGUCUGUGCAGCGGGUGUACACCAGUGAGGUUAUCGAGGUCGACCGGGAUGUGAGCCUUAUAAUGAUCGUGCCUCCAGCCGAGGUGGCUUGUGCGGUCGGGGAAGGCAACCAGUCAGCCGUCCACCUGCACCGGAUUGAGCUGGUGCCACUCAGUGUUCAGGUGUUCGAGAUGAUACACUUUGGCACGUACCGAGCGGAAACUCUGCUCCUGUACGCCCGCCUUUCCAGUGUCGUGCAACUGGACUCAGACGACGCGAGGUACUCGAUCAGACAAGCAUGGAGCUCAUCUGACCUGGAAACUGCUAAGCAGCGGCUGGACACAGUGGAAUCGCUUGAGACAGGCUUAAACGCCGCGUGGAAACAUUUGAGGUGGCUGUUGGACGUGAUGAACUUUGCUCGCGAGCGGCUGUUCCAGUCACAAGUAUCCAACUCUAACUGUUCAAAGAGUGCCAGCAACAGUCAGUUGGAAAUGAAGUCUGCUAAAAGCAACUCGCUGUUACAAUUACCUGACUCAAAAUUGGUCAAGUCCCGCGGUAGUUGGCCGGGCCCGGGGUUGAAUUCUAUGCGGACGUUGGAAUCGGUGUGUCCAGAGAUAAGUCGUAGUGAACAAUACCUAUCGCCGCCGGUUCACGAUCGAGGGUACGUCUUGGCUAAAAAACAGAGUUGUUCCUCAGAAACAAGCAAUGACAGUAAAGAUGAACCAGAGUAUAACGACGGACAGUCUCCAUGUAUGGCCGAUCUAUCGUCGAAGUCCAAUCACGUCGCGGCUAAGGACGUAAAUAAAGUGGACGACGAAGGGUUUUCGGACGCUACUAUGAAGAGCGAAUCGCUGGUGCCCGUCCCAGCACCUGGGAUCAUCGAGGUUUGCGCUGCGUACGACACGGGUCUGCCACACCCCACCAGUCUGAAGUUGCACAUCAGUCCAACGACGUCAGCCCGUGAAGUAGUCCAGCUGUUUUUGCAGCAGCUGAACAUGUCCGUAGUGGUCAAAGGCAAGACUGGACCAAUAUACCCUAGCACCGAAUUUGGUAACUUUUGUCUAGUAUCUGUUACGGGGGCCCGGGAACGGUGUUUGCGUGAUGACUUCAAACCGCUUCAGUUGACCCACCCAUGGCGGGAUGGCCGGAUGUACAUUCGGCAUAAACAGGACGUGCUAGCUGCUCUUGAGCUCCACUCGUCCAUAUUGACGGUAGCAGCCACCAAACACCACUAA